AGAAUUACUACGCAAUACUGGAACUAUAAUUUGUUGAAUCGCUUGUAAAGUUGUACUCUAGCCCCUUUCACAAAAUUAAUUUUAAAUCUCACGAAUAUUUCACGAGUUAAAAUUUAUAAAAAACGUUUACCUGGAGUGUUGAAAUUCAGUUUUGUAAGAACUAUAUUCUUAAACUGCGACUGAACAUUAUUUACAUCAUUGGUGUUCUUCGGCAGUAAAAUGGAGGAAGAAGUUGCAGCUGGAAAUGAUAAUAUUGUUACUGAAUUCAACACAUAUGAAGACUUUUUAGAUUCACAAAUCACUUCAUUGGAUUUAUACUAUUUAGAGGAUGAAGAACUUGCACGCCAGUUGGUGGAGUUGGGUUAUAGGGGUAGCGGCGAAGUGCUAAAGAGAGAAGAGUUUGAGGCAAGAAAACAAGCAGCAGAAGCCAGUAGACUAUCAAAGAGAAGCCAACAAAAGACACUAGCAAGCACUGGAAAGGAACUGAAAGACCCUUUCUUGAGAGCACUGGCUCAGAGAGAGGAGGCAAACAGGAGUGGGAAAAUGACAUCAAUAGUGUUCAUGCGUGACAAAAACAGUAGAGGGCAAGAGAUAUCUGGUUACAUCGACUAUGCACAUAGAUUGAAAACUGAAAAUUUUGAAGCUUACUUCUCUGGAAAAAAGCGACUUUUACCCAAGCCAUCAGAUCUGAGUUUUUAUAACUGGGAAACCCAAACUUCUACAUCCAACCCUACACCAAACUACCAAGUAAUUGCAGAGAAUGCAUCGGGACUUCUUUUCAAGAAUAAACGAGACAGAAAAAUUCUUAAUGUGGAUCCAAAGGCCAACACUCCAGGUGAUAACUCUACAAGGACAUGUAUAGAUAGCACAAAAUACAUCCAGAUUGUCAUAUAUGACCAUAUUACACGUAGAAAGACAUAGGACAGAGGACAAUGGAGAAAUGAUUUGUUAUUAAAGUGUAUAUAUAGAUAUAUUGUUUGUACAUAACAUAAAGCUCUUGCAUAUUGAUACAAUUCAA